GAGCUCCGAUCUUCAACGUCUCUCCGCCAAAUUCCUUCAACGCUCCAACGCUCCCCUACAUUUAUCGCUAGAAUCAAUUGCCAACGGGAAGAAAUCAACGGAACAAUCCUUCGGCUAUAAAUUGAAGACAAAUCACAGCUGAACAGGGGGGGGGGGGGGAAUAUCACCGAGAGAUCCGCGGCCCUAGGCCGCGACAACUGAAAUUGAAGCCGCGCACCAGAGUAGGAAGCAGACGGCGGCGGACCACUGCUCGUCGGCGGACGACGAUGGUACAACAUGGUGUUCACUCCAUUCACAGGCGUGGAUAAUCACCAGAAGUGUGUUACAUUUGGAGUUGGUUUACUAUGCAACGAAGACAUAGAAUCCUAUACUUGGAUCUUUCGCCAAUUUCAGGAUGCAAUGGACCAUGAUCCACAGUGCAUCAUAACAGACCAAGAUCCCUCAUUGACGACUGCUAUCAGCGAAGUUUUCCCACAGACAACACAUACGUAUUGCAUGUGGCAUAUUACUAAAAAAGUAGGGAAAAAAGUGGGGGAACCGCUAAACAAGGAUUCUGUCUUUCUCACACAAUUGAAUGAAGUUAUUUGGAGCCAUUAUCUAGACCCACGCGAUUUUGAGCACUAAUGGAAUGAGCAUAUUUUAGAGACCAAUUCAUGGUUGGUUUACUACGAACAACGUCACGAUCUGAAAGUGAGAACAGCUUCUUCGGGGAGUUCUCUAACCCCCAUUUCAGUCUCGUAGAAUUCUCGAUGCAGUUUGAAAGUGCCAUGGAUGAACAACGCCACAGGAAUGCUAAGUUAAAUGCAGAUUCUGAAUCGUGCAUUCCUGUGUUCAAGACUCCGUUGCCAAUUGAGAGGCAUGCCGCUGCCAUAUAUACGUUGUCAGUAUUUUAUGAUGUGCAAAAAGAGAUUUGUGCUGCAUGUUUCUCGUGUUUUAGCACACUUGUUGAGAACAUCGAUGAUAAACUGCACUACACGAUUAAGGACAAUAGAGGUAUGACGUUCUCAGUUAUGUACUCUGCAGAUAAUUCAUACGCAUCAUGUUCAUGCAAGCAUUAUCAGCACGUUGGGCUCCUCUGUAGGCAUAUAUUUGUUGUUCUUAUAGCAAUGGGAUGUCCCACUAUUCCUGACAAUUACAUUACAAAGCGAUGGUGUAAGAUUGACAUAGCAAAACGUUAUCUUGGAUCUGUCUCGUGUGGAAUUGAAGGGGAUUCAAAUAAAGAGAAUACUAGAUGGAAGAUAAACCAUUUGUGGGCUAACAUCCAUGCGUGUGUUGCACUUGCGGAGAAUGAUUCUGAGUUGUUAGAUGCAUUUACCAAGGUUAUUAAAACACAAAAACAAAACCUCGAGAGAUCGGCUUAUUCCGGAGAUUCAGAUCUUGGAAAAGAACAAGAUUUUUGAAGCUCACUAUGGCACACCGGCACCAUCUGAGAUUCGUGUUUUACCUCCCGAGAAGGUGCAUAACAAGGGCAGUGGAAAACGCAUCAAAAGUGCCGUAGAAAUAAGCAUGGAGCAGUCCAAAAAACAAAAGAGAGUAUGCCAAACAUGCAAAGAAGUUGGUUACCACGACAGUAGAAACUGCCCAAUGAAUAAGGGGCUAUGAU